UAAAAAAAAGAGUAUUUUCAACGUGACCAAUAUUUAAAAGUCAUCAAACAAGUUGUAGUAAAUAAGAUGUAAGAGUGUUGGAGUCAUGGACUUAAAAAACAAAAGCUAAAAUAAAAUUAAAAAAAAAAAGCGCUCAAAUAGAGGUGGUCAUCAAUUUGGACAAAUCUAAAAAUGUAUUAUUACAAAAUCUUGGUACAACCCAAUUUUUUAAUCACUUCUAAGCCCAAUCACAAAAUUGGUAGCCUUAUACUAUAACCGGUUUUUGCAAGGGCCCGUUAAAUUUCUCUAGAAAUGUCGAUAGUAUGUAAGUAACUAUAAUUAAAUCGUCGGUCAAGAAUGCUGGCAUGAUUAGAAUUAUACAUAAAAAAAAAUAACAGAGCGGAGGUGUCCUUUUGCUGACUAUUCAAUUCAUAAUGUACGCUCUUCUAAAGAAACGCAAGGCGUCUAAGCUGCUAUUCUUAGACUUGCUCAUUCCUUUACUUCUGUGAACUUUCCACCUCAGCAACGCUACCUUAUUUAAGCCACUCUUUUUUCACAUAUACACAUCAUCUGUUUUUUUUUCUUCCUUUUAUAAAUUUCAAAUUUAGCAACAUUUUUAUUUUUCUCUUCUUACACAAUGAAGAACAACAUACCAACAAUACCCACUUCAUCAUACAAACUCCUAAACAUACAAAUUAACCUUAAUAAUUUAAUCUCUUACUUAGUCAUUUUCGCUUUCGGGUUAACCAUUGGUAGUACAUUCUUUAGCCAUGAUACAUCUUCAAGUUAUACACUUCCUCUAAAUAAUAUUGAGCUUCUUAACUUCACGGCCGCUGUCUCGGAUAAUGAUUUUGAUGUUCCGGUGUCGGGAUCGAAUGCUACGACGAUCAAUGACACGGUUAUGCAUGAUAUGGAGGAUGAUGAAUUGUUAUGGAGAGCAUCAAUGGUGCCAAAAUUAGGUGGAGGUGAUUAUCCUUCAAAUUUUGUGAAAAAAAAGAUUGCUUUUAUGUUUUUGGUUAGAGGUCCAUUACCAUUAGCACCUCUUUGGGAAAUGUUCUUUAAAGGUCAUGAAGAUCUUUAUAACAUUUAUAUUCAUUCUCAUCCUUCUUAUAAUCAAUCUCUUCCAAGCAAUUCAGUCUUCCAUGGCAGGAGAAUACCCAGUAAGGAUGUUGAAUGGGGCCAAUUUAACAUGGUUGAAGCAGAACGUCGCCUACUAGCAAACGCUCUUCUAGACGUAUCAAACCAACGGUUCAUUCUCUUAUCAGAAUCAUGUAUACCACUCUUCAAUUUCUCCACAGUUUAUUCAUACCUCGUAAAUUCGAACAAGAGUCACGUAGAGGCAUACGAUUUACCCGGUCCAGUAGGCCGUGGGCGUUACAGCCAUUACAUGAUGCCACAAGUAACGUUGUCGCAAUGGCGAAAAGGAUCCCAAUGGUUCGAGAUGGAUCGUACCCUAGCACUCGAAGUUGUGUCGGACCAAGAGUACUUCCCAUUGUUCCAAAAAUUUUGCACUCGCGCAUGCUAUGGUGAUGAACAUUAUUUACCCACAUUUAUAAGCAUUAAGUAUUCAUGGAUGAAUUCUAAUAGGAGCAUAACAUGGGUUGAUUGGUCGAAAACCGGGCCUCAUCCCGGUGUGUUUCAAAGGCCUCAUGUUACUCCUGAACUCCUUAAUACCAUGAGAAGUAAUGGCACUUGUGAGUAUAAUGGGGAAAAGACCGAUGUUUGCUUCUUGUUUGCAAGAAAAUUCAUGCCUGGUACUCUAACAAGGUUGUUAAGAUUUGCUCCACAAAUUAUGAAGUUCAAAUAAAACUUAGUGUAAAUUUUGUGAAUGUGCAUUGGAUCCGAGAUGUUAAAUAUUUAGUCGGCUAGUUUACUAGAUACUUAGAGAUUUAGGAAACACAUUUGUUGGUUUAUCAUUAUUUCUUUAAUUUUUUUUAUUGUAUAUUUGUUGUUUCACAUGAAAGAAACGAAGCAUAGGAUGGUGAUUGGUGAAUGGGUGAUAGGUGAUGGCCGGUGUUUUGUAAUCUAAAAUAAAACUAGUAUAUAAUUGUACCGUAUAUUUCUCAUGAAAA